GAUAAGGGCACAUAUCUCCUUCUGAAGGAACAAGGGCUGCAUCUUUCAGAUCUCCUUUAGAGAAGGGAGGAGACCUCAGCAGGCAUCUGCCUUAUCACAUGCAGAAGAUGGGCAAGAGGAAUUUCAGUGGUCUGGAAACCACCCUGAUUGCCCUCUUCUGUCUGGUGACAGUGGUGGCCAUUGUCCUCAUUGCGCUUUUAGCAUCAGGACAACCUGGAGUCCAAACUUCAAGUACUGCAGGAUUUACGCCAGUAUGUCCGAACAUAUUAGAAGCAGAGAGAAUUGACUGCAUCCCAGAUCAAGUAGCAACAAAGAGUGUCUGCACCUUGCGUGGCUGCUGUUGGAGUCCCCAGAGUGAUACCAGUGUGCCCUGGUGUUUUUUCCCUAGUAACCAUGGGUACAAAGUGGAUGGGUCUGUAAGAUCAACUCAGGCAGGAUUUGAGGCCACAUUAACAAGGCUGUCAUCACCUUCCCUCUUUGGAAAUGAUAUCAACACUGUCCUCCUCACAGGAGAGUAUCAGACAUCAAAUCGCUUCCGGUUCAAGAUUACUGAUCCUAAAACAAAAAGAUUUGAAGUCCCCCAUGAGCAUGUGGGAUCUUUCAGUGGAUCCGCGGCCUCCAAUUUAAACUACAAAGUGGAAGUGAAGCAGAAUCCCUUUGGUAUUGUGGUGUCCAGAGUGAGCAAUGGAAAAGUUCUGUUUGAUACUACCAUAGGACCACUGCAGUAUGCUGACCAGUUUUUGCAGCUAUCAAUCAAGCUACCUAGCAGCAACAUUUAUGGGGUGGGAGAGCAUGUGCAUAAACAGUACCGACACGAUGUCAACUGGAAAACCUGGCCCAUGUUCAGCAGGGAUAUUGGCCCCUCUGGAUCAAUGCAUAACUUAUAUGGAGUUCAAACUUUCUUCCUGUGUUUGGAAGACGUCUCUGGAGCCUCUUUUGGUGUUUUCCUGAUGAACAGCAAUGCCAUGGAGUUUGCAGUGCAGCCUGCUCCAGCAGUGACCUAUAGAACCAUUGGUGGCAUCCUUGACUUCUAUAUCCUCUUGGGGAACACUCCAGAGCAAGUAGUGCAGGAGUACCUGAAGCUUGUGGGACUGCCAUUGUUGCCCUCCUACUGGAGCCUGGGCUUCCAGCUCAGCCGCUGGAAUUACGGGUCCUUGGAUGAAGUGAAGAAUGUUGUGGAGAGGAACCGUCAGAUUGACCUCCCUUAUGAUGCUCAGAUCACCGAUAUUGACUACAUGGAGGACAAGAAAGAUUUUACAUAUGACAAAGUGAAGUUUAAAGAUCUCCCUAAUUUUGCAUCUUAUCUGCAUAACUAUGGAAAAAAAUAUAUUAUCAUAUUGGAUCCUGCUAUUAGCACAAAACCGCUUUCUGAUAAUACUGAAUAUGGAAGCUACACCAGGGGACAGUCUAAACGAGUCUGGGUUAAUGAAUCAGAUGGAAUAACACCAUUAAUUGGAGAGGUGUGGCCAGGGGAAACUGUGUUCCCAGACUACACCAACCCAGACUGCACCAGCUGGUGGGUGGAAGAAUGCAGAAUGUUUUAUAACACAGUGCCAUACGAUGGAAUCUGGAUUGACAUGAAUGAAAUAUCCAACUUUGUUCAAGGCUCAAAUAAGGGAUGUGCACAGAAUGACUUAAACUAUCCUCCAUUUACUCCCAGUAUUCUUGAUAAACUCAUGUUUUCCAAGACACUUUGUAUGGAUGCAGUGCAGAAGUGGGGCAAACACUAUGAUGUCCACAGUCUUUAUGGAUAUUCCAUGGCCAUAUCAACAAACAAGGUCAUCAAGACAGUGUUUCCUGGAAAACGAAGCUUCCUGAUUUCGAGGUCUACUUUUGUGGGAUCAGGAAAGCACACAGGACACUGGCUAGGAGAUAAUGCAGCAACAUGGGAACACAUAAAAUGGGCGAUACCUGGAAUGCUGGAAUUUAACCUCUUUGGAAUUCCUUAUAUUGGAGCAGAUAUUUGUGGUUUCUUUGAUGACACGACAGAAGAACUUUGCAGGCGGUGGAUGCAAGUAGGAGCCUUUUACCCAUUUUCCCGGAAUCACAAUGCUGAAGGAUACAUAGUAAGUUGUACCUUCUCUUACAAACUGUUUUGGAUUCCACUACCACAUUUCAUUUGA